AUGGACAACGAAGGCCAAGAAAAACGAGCAAGGACAAAUUGUGGCAAAAUGUAUCGAAAAUUGUUGGCCGGUUGUGACCUGAUUUUGGGCAAUGAAAAGUACUUCAAAAUGAGUGGGAGCAAUGUCGGCGGCAAUCGUUUUUUCUAUUUGACUGAUCCAGCUACGGCUCCUUCAAACAUCCGGUUUCAAAAGAAAGCAAAAUUUGAGGCAAAAUUGUUAGUUUGGAUGGCCAUAUCCUUACAAGGGGUUUCGGAUGUGUAUGUCCACAACAGCAAACAAGCUAACCGUCGAGGAACAUAUCUGACGGGGUGUAUUGACAAAAGACUGCUUCCAUUUCUUGCCAAGUACCAUCAGGAUGGCAAUUAUCUAUUCUGGCCCGAUUUGGCGAGUGCUCAUUAUUCAAAUGUUGUGCAAGGACGUUUGAAUAAGAAAAAUGUACCAUUCGUCCCUCGUACGGAUAAUCCUCCAAAUGUGCCUCAGGCUAGUCCAAUUGAAACCGUUUGGGCUCUACUUGAACAAAAGAUGUAUGAAGGUAAUUGGGAAGCAAAAAAUUUGGAUAUAUUGGCUCAAGAAUAA